AAUGGAAAAAAUGUUUUGGGAGUUUAACAGAAAAGAUGAUCUUACGAUUUUGGUUGAAGACGAAGAGCUUUACGUGCAUCGCUUCAUUUUAGCAUCGUGUUCGCCUGUAUUUAAUGUGAUGUUGGAGUCAGAUGAUUUUGUUGAAACAAAUAAAAAUGUAAUACCGUUACCAAACAAAAAGAAAGAAAAUAUACAAGAAAUGCUAAAUUAUGUAUAUCCUUUUGGAAGCCAGAUUUCAGACCAAACUAAUAUCGAUAGCUUGCUAGUUUUAUCACGUGAAUACGGAAUAAGUAAAAUCAACAAUUUAUGCGAAGAAUAUCUUUUACAAAAAAUACCAACUGUUGACUUGUUAAUAACUGCACAAGAGUUUGAGUUAGAAAGACUCAGAGAAAAAUGCAUUCAAUACUUUUCAGAAAAAGCUUUAGAACCAUUGCAAAAUUAUCCAAAGUAUAACGAGCUGAGUAAAGAAAACAAACUGAAACUAGCUAAGGGACAGAUUAUGGUUUUGCGAAAGUUCUGUGAAAAUGCUAAAACUGCAUCUAGAAAUUUCAUUGAAUAUUCUCUUUUUACAAUGUAUUCUCCAAAAAUAAGCUUUCGAAGUGCAAUACGGAUUUUAUCUUUUUAUGAAGGUAAUGAAAGAUAG